CCGAGCAUGCGACAUCCACUCAAAGUUCCAAGAGGUGGCAACAGUGGCGGCUCGUGACUGUCUGAUGUGAUAUCUGCUGUGAGGCGCCGCCUCACUUGCCUCAUAUGACGAGCCGCCACUGGGUGGCAAACCAAUCUUAUUUUCUAAAAACAGACCGUGAAGAAAUUCCUAUCGAAUUUACAGUGACUGAAGAAAUCAAGAUUACAUCAAAAACAAAUAUUAUUAUUAUUGGGGCAGUUGUGCUAAGUGUAAUCCUUCUCGUUGCCUUACUUGUAGGGAUAUUUUAUUAUAGUUGUAGAUACAUACUUAAAUCUAAAGUUUCAAAAGCCACUGAAAUGAUUGAACUUAAAGAAAAAGAAACAUUAAUCAACACAAGUAACCAAACAAAGAUUUUCUUUGGGCCCGUGGACAUUAAUGAAUAUGCAGUUUACCUUUUUGCGUCAUUACGAGACGAUACUUAUCAAAGUAUACUUACCCAACAAUUUCAGGAGGUACCAACCAGAAAGGCUACACAUUGUAUCCACGGCCAGCUAAGUAAAAACGUCAAUAAAAAUCACUACAAGGAUAUUUUGCCAUAUGACGACACGAGGGUGAUUUUGAACGAUAACGAAAAUGAUGAUUACAUAAACGCAAACUACGUUGAUGGCUAUGAACACCCGAAAGCAUACAUCGUUACUCAAACUCCUUUAACGUUUACCGUCCACGACUUUUGGUCAAUGAUAUGCCAAGAAAACGUGAAAAUAAUAGUGAUGUUGUGCAAGCUGGAAGAGAAAGAGUGCAGUAAAUGCCAAAAGUAUUGGCCAAACGAUUUUUCCCACUUUAGGUUCGGAUCGUUCUUGAUAGAAUGCGUUUCCGUAACGCAAAACUUGAAUUACAUCCAUCGAAUCCUUGAGGUGAAAAAAAAUAAUAAGACUCGUAAAGUUCAGCAUUUUCAGUACCUUACCUGGACUAUUCAAGGCAUACCCUCGUGUGUUAAAAGCUUUACUGCUUUUGUAAAGGAGCUAAACGCCUUACGCGAUAAAUAUCCUGUUGUCGUUCAUAGCGAAGGAGGUUGUGGAAGAACAGGAAUGUACAUUUUGUGCGACAGUGUAAUAAAAAUGACCAUGAAAGAAAAGAAGGUCGAUUUUUUUCAAACGCUAAGUAAGAUGAGAUAUCAAAGGGACGGUGUGGUGAGUAAUGUGGAUCAGUACAUUUUUUGCCACUUUGUGCUGUUGGAAUUUUACUUUCCUUCUUCGAACGCGUCGAAUCAUUUUGUGUUGGAAAUUCAACAAGGUAUGCAAGAAACUGCUAUAAAACGUCUCGUCGAUCGCUUAGACGAAGCUGUAAGGCAAUCCCGUAAUGACAAAGAUAGAGGUUUUAUGAUUUCUGAAGACAACAGUUCUAACAACAUGAGACCUCUAUCUGUGGACUGCUUUAAUUUUCCCAGAAGAUUCAUCGUAACAGAAGAACCUUCACCAAAUACUUUACGGAGUUUCUGGAAUAUAGUUAUAAGCCACGAAGCCGAGAUAGUAGUAUGGUUAAAUGGAACAAAUCACAACCACGAGGACUAUUCAAGUUUCUGGCCUAAAGACGCUCUUCACUGGUUUGUUAACGAAUCAAAUAAACUCGUUUUCGUUUGUCAAGACGACAGUAAUGAUAUAUACAACACAAUCACUGUCAAAAUCGAUACAAUUGGAAAGUCUGAAGAAAAAUUCGUUAAAAUCAUAUACGUUAAAACCUGGGAACGUACAAGUGCUACGCCUUCGAGCACAAAAGACUUAAUUCAAAUUUACGACAAAAUUGCACCAUACAACGGGCAAAUUGUUGUCGCGUGCUACGAUGGUACAACAGCCAGCGGCCUUUUUGUAGUAUUGGUUUCAUUGUUGGAGGAAAUUAAUAAGCAUCGUUCUUGCGACAUUUUUGAGGCCGCCUACACCGCCAAACGAAGCUGCGCUGAGUUUUUAAAAAAUACUGAACAAAUCAGAUUUCUCUACAUGGCAGUUUUGGAAUACGUGCGAGAAUUUAACGUUUAUGAAGUUCUACCUUAGAUAAAUUAAGUUGAUGUUUAACUCGUUUACUAUACCUACACCGAAUGACUAUUAAUGGCUGCGAUCUUUUUGUUAGGUUGGCAAGUUAUUUAAAAUUUUAUGAUGGUAUAUCUGACCGUCAAUGUGAGUUUUAUGACAACUACCAUCAUCUCAGCCAAUCAACACGUUUGUUGGACGUGCUCAUAUCAAAAUCGGUAACCGUCAUGGAGGUAGAAUAAGAGGAGGGAAGAUAGUUUGAAAGGGCGUAUGGCAUCGUCCUUUCGACUGUCUUUUCCAGCUGCUCCGGGAAACUGGUUGUUACAGUGGUCUGGACAUACUGUGAUUAAAUAAAUAUAUGUCAAUAUUGUAUAUGUAUUUAAUUAGUGUCAUUGGUAAAGAUCAUGAAUGGGUAAGGAUCAAAUUCUUUUGCUACUUGCUACCUGUUGAUAAUGUAGUACGGAAAGGGUCAUAAAUAGUUGUUACGUGGAACCCUUUGUCGGCGGUUCUUUAACAUUGGUUAAAUGAAGCAUGCUCCCUCCUGUCAUCCUAUCUUCAUGAUAACUGUGAACUAACUAACAUCGAUGCCAAAUUCAGAAUUGCUAACACAAAAAUUUGCUUCUAUCAUUAAUAGUCACCCGGUAUUUAUAUUUAAGACGAAAUAAUUAUAUAAAUAAAAAGAUCAUAGUGAUUUACAA